AUGGAUGAAGUAGUACGUAAUAUAUUUCUUGGAAAUUUAUUAGCAGCUACUAAUGAAAAGUUGCUAACUCUCUCCGUAAGCGAACAAAACGAAUUCGAAAAAAUCCCUAAAACUCACCCUCCGUUAGUGAACGAAAAUUUCUUUAUUAAAUUUUUUAAGAAAAUUAUUUUGAUAUAUAAGUGGUAAUUAGUAUAGUGAAAUCUCUAUCUAAUUAUAUUUAAUAUAAAAUAGCUAGCAUUUUUUAAACAUUAAUAUUAUUACAUUAAUUUUAACGCUGAUUUUCCAGCAUUUCUCUAUUUAUCUUCAUUAUUGAGCAAAUAAAAUCUUUUAUUAAGUUGUCCAUUUCUUCUCUAUGUUCAUUCUCCAACCAAUUCCAGAAUUUUUCUGUGUAAAGCACAAUUUCAUGAAUUUUAAAUCUUCUCCAAAUAAUUUUAUCUAAAAAUUCCCAAGCAGGAACAAAAAAAUCUUGCUCAUACAUGGAGGGGGAGAGUAAGAGAAAUUGGAAUAAAAUAUAUAAUAAGAGUUUUAGAUGACGAAAAAGUUGAGCUACUACCAGGAUUUAUAUAUUUUAUAUCAAAGCUAAGGACACUAAAACAGAAAAUAUUACAGAAUAUCUAUCUGAAGCCCUAUAUUUUAUAG